AUGUUGAAGACAUACUUAAUCGCAGGUGCCAAUAGAGGUAUCGGUCUUGAUUUAGUUAAAGAAAUUUUACAAACUGAAACCAAUCAGGUUUUUGCAACCGUGAGAAAUGUUGAUAAUGUUGCCGAUUUGAAAGCUAUCGGAUCUGAUAAACUUCAUAUUGUACAAUGUGAUAUAUCGUCUGAAGAUUCCAUUGAUGAGUGUUUCGAACAAAUCAAUAAGCUUACAAACUCAAUUGAUGUAGCCAUUUUGAGUGCUGCAUUGAUGGAAGGAGAUUUCAAAGGACCAAUGGAAUUGACUGAGUCUAGAGAAUCUUGGAAUGAGUUCAAAACGAACUCCAUUCAAGCAUUUGGAGUCAAUGCCUUGAGUCAAAUUUACCUUGCCAAUAAAGUAAUCCCGUUAAUUGAAGCUUCUAAUGAAAAGAAAUUGAUAUUUGUCUCAACCGGUCUUGCUUCCUUAGAUUAUACUCGUAGAGCUAAAGUAGCUGGAAAUGUUUCAUAUUCAUUAUCGAAGGUAGCACUUUCCUUGUUGGCUGCAAAAUAUGGUGCUCAAUUGAAGCCUAAGGGUGUUACUGUUUUAGCUAUUUGUCCAGGAAUGGUUAAUUCAAGAAACCUCACUCAGGAACAGGUUGACAUGAUUUUCGGACCUGCUAUAGAACUGACCAGAAAGUUCAACCCAGAUUUUGUGGGUGUUCUUACUUGUGAAGAUGCUUGUAAGAAAUUCCUCAAAGCCGUUGAAUUUUAA